AUGAUGAGACCUUUCUUUCGGGUCACCGCGUGUCAACUCACUCGUUUAGCUAAUACCGACACUAUGGGUCGUACCACACUCUCUCAUCUACUUUUGAUUUCGCUCUCUUUGACACAGGCUUCGCGAGCCCAACUCUCGAGUUGCCCUUCUACAGCAGAGAACAUCGUCACUCCCGAUGGCUCAGCUACCUACUCGGUCUGCCAGCAGACCGACUACAGGGGAACUACAACUAAGUUUGUCGACACCGUAGCGACCUUAUUCGACUGCGCCCAGGCUUGUAGUCAAGAUGCUCAAUGCACGCAGGCGGUCUACGACAAGGCUAAUUUCGGUUGUCACCUCAAGGCCAAGGAUGGCCUCAACUGGGCGGCCGACACUAAAUUUACGACUAUCAAGCUGGUCUCCAAGCUCACAAAGGGUGUCGCCAUCCAGUCUUGCCCGACUAUCGCGACGAAUGUGACUGCCACUGGGUCCACCCUAGCCACUUGCCCGAACACGGAUUAUCAGGGCGACACCAUCCGGGCCGUCGGCGGCAUCGCCUCGCUCCAGGCAUGCGCUCUUGAGUGUGGCCAAGCGUCCGACUGUUCCCGAGCCGUUUUCCAAAAGUUGACUUCUCAGUGCUACAUCAAGGCGGACCCCAAGGCCCUGCAAUGGACGUACCAGCCCGGCUUCGACUCCGUGAGCAAGAUAUCCGUUCUCGCUGACGGUGUUGGCAUUAACAGCUGCCCGAGCGGCUAUGCCAACAUCACCACCCAGAACGGCGCCAGCUUCGCGACCUGCAAGAAUGCUGACUUCACAGUCCCAAGCGUCAACGUCGUCGGCGGCGUCGCGUCUGUCGCAGCCUGCGCAGAAAGCUGCACCAUGAACCAAAACUGCGCGUAUGCCGUUUACGACGCGCAGAACCAAGUCUGCCACAUUAAGGGGACCGUCACCGCCGCAUCUGACUGGAAGUUCAACAGGCAAUUCACCUCGCUACAGAUGAUCAAGGCUAGCACCUCCAAGGCGACGUCCAAGAUUGGCCGCUGGUCCGACGUCAUCCAGUUUCCCAUCAUUCCCGUCGCGGUCUACGUCGUACCAGCUCAGCCCUCCUCGGCUCGCCUCCUCGUCUUCUCGUCCUGGGGCGUUCGCGCCUUCAGCGGGCCCACGGGCAUCACACAGUUUGCAGACUACAACUUCCUCACGGGCGCCGUUUCGCAACGAACCGUCACGAACACCAAGCACGACAUGUUUUGUCCCGGGAUCAGCUCCCUCGCUAGCGGGAAGAUUGUAAUCACCGGCGGCGAGAACGCCGAGGCCGUGAGCGUCUACGACCCCGCCACCAACCAGUUCACCCGCGCCGCCGACAUGGUGAUUGCGCGCGGGUACCAGACGUCGGCCACGUUGUCGGAUGGCCGAAUCUUCACCAUCGGCGGCUCUUUCACGGGGCCUCAAGGAGACAAGACGGGUGAAGUCUACGAUCCGGCCAAGAACAAAUGGACGCUUCUUCAGGGGACUGACCCGACUCCGCUGUUGACGACGGACCACGAAGGUAUCUGGCGCACCGAUAACCACGCCUGGCUCUACGGCUGGCGCAACGGCUCCGUCUUCCAAGCCGGCCCGAGCAAGGCGAUGAACUGGUACCGCACCAACGGCGCCGGCUCCGUCUCUGCGGCGGGCGUCCGCACCACCGCGAUGGACCAGAUGUGCGGCGUCAAUGUCAUGUACGACAUCGGGAAGAUCCUCACCGCCGGCGGGAGCCAGGACUACACGGACAGCGACGCUACGAAAGCCGCCCACCUUAUCUCGAUUACCGACCCUGGCGUCCCCGCGACCGUCGAGAAGCUUCCCGACAUGAAUUUCGCCCGUGGCUUCGCCAACGCCGUCGUGCUGCCGGACGGCAAGGUCGUUGUGACGGGCGGCCAGCCGAGAUCCCUCGUCUUCACCGACACCGACGGCGUCCUCGUCCCGGAGCUCUGGGACCCAAAGACACGCGCCUGGACGCCGAUGGCUCCCGCCGCGGUGCCCCGCAAUUACCACUCCGUCAGCAUCCUCCUUCCGGAUGGCACCGUCUUCGUCGGCGGCGGCGGCAUGUGCCCCGCUGCGCAGGGGAGCGACCUCUCCUGGUGCGAUCGCGCCAAGGAUCACUUCGACGGCGAGGUCUUCACGCCGCCGUACCUGUUCACGGCCACGGGCGAGCUGGCUGUGCGGCCCGUUAUUUCCAGCCUUUCGCAGACCACGGUCAAGGUCGGGUCCUCCAUCACGGUCGCGCUCGAGAGCGGGCUGAAUGGUGCUUCCUUCGCACUUGUUAGGAUGGGUAGCGCGACGCACAGCAUCAACUCGGAUCAGCGCCGCGUGCCGCUGACUGACGUGACCAAGUCCGGCGAGAGCAAGUACACGCUGAGACUGCCGAACGACUCAGGCGUUCUUAUCCCCGGUCCUUGGUAUCUUUUCGCGUUGUCCAAGGAGGGUGUGCCCAGUAUGGCGAGAACCGUUUUUAUCCCUGCUUGAAGAGCCCAUUAGUUCAUUACUAGUAUCGCGCAUGAAAGGGGGGAAAUUAAUGUGUGUAAAUUAGACUUGAAGACUACCUAUUUCUAUUUUUAAUAUAACUCUAGACCAAUG